AUUUCUAGUAGCUAUGUAAGCUGUAUGCGUUUCACUUUUUGUCGCCAAUCUUUCGUAAGUAUAAAUUUCUUGCUUCCCCGUGGCCAAAUUGUCAAUUACCAAGGCAGGGAAUAUGGUGUAGUCAAAAACAUAAGACCAUAAUACAUGGUACAAAAAGUUAUGGUCAGAUACUAAGUACUAAAUGAUUAAACUCACAAUGGAUUGACAAAAGCUGCUACGACACGAGUUCCCCGCCUUCUUGUUUGUCCGUAAAACAGAGGGAAUUUACUUGAUGAUUUCGUUGAUUGCGAAGCAUAUAAUCGCAAGAAAUUCGAGAGGCACAAUUGCUUGUCUUGGCGUCUCGGCGUCCCUUCUAGCUAAGAAACUGUUGCCGAAAUCCAGAGGUCCCGUCUCAACAAUGCUCGUGACACAUCCGCCGCUGAUUGGCUUAGCGAGCUGAAUUUCGGCAAGCUAGUUUUACUCUCGUCCGUUAAUUGGGUCCACCUCCUCAGCUUCUCGGAAUGAUGUCAGUUUUCGGCAACGAUGCUUAAGCUUCUCUUGAUAUGUCUUGGCAAAACGUGGAAGUGCCGAAAACGUUCAACCGCUACUACCGGAAUUGUUACCCACGUUUCGUGAUGUUACUCGUUGAACGGUGAAAAUGCCGAAAUCCUCUGGGGUGAGGUAGCAUUUGCCGAAGCAGAGCUAUUGGUAUAUAUAGGCGCGCAGUGCUGGUGCUGGGCGGCUUUGUUCAGCACUGUGGUCAAGACGCGUGGUUUACAGCUGUUAUAGCUCCUUUUCGUGUUUCUUGCAUUCUUCGGUCGUUCCGUGGAUACAACAAAACUAAUAACCUGUGCAAUUUAUUAACCUGCAAAAACAAGGUUGCAAUUGCCUGACCUACUAAUUCUUUGUGUUUCUUUGUUUCUCUUUGUUCUUCGUCCUCUACUCUUUUGAAUUCGACGACGGCUACUGAGCAUUACACUCGAGCUUAAUUUUACUUAACGUCGUACAUAAAUAACAGGCCGACAAUGCGCAGCUUGACUUGUACUCAAUUAUUAUAUGCGAUUGCCCUGUUUUUCGGGCUCUCGCAGGCAGUUCCCGCUUCUGAAGACGAAUCCAUCUCGGAAGCUGUCGCUCUUUCCAGACGUGCUUGGAAGCGUCCUCCUGACCCGCCUUCCACUGAUGCGUCGUACGCACCAAAAAUUGGACAGUGCGGUAAUGGCACUGAUCUUUUGACCACUAUUCCCAGUAACUCCUUGCCUGAAUUGGAGGCCGAUUAUAUCACGAAGCGCAAAACUAGUGCCGAUACUGCCUUGCUCAAAUUCUUGGGACAAUACAAUGUCACCAACCACACAUUGAGCAACCUUGUUGGUGAGAAUGGCCCUCGUGUCGGUAUUGCUGUCUCCGGCGGUGGUUUCCGUUCGUUGUUUUUUGCUGGCGGUGCUUUGGAGGCUAUGGAUGCCCGUACCCCCAAUAGCUCUCUCGGUGGUCUUUUGCAAUCAUCUACCUACCUUACUGGUUUGGACGGCGGUGCAUGGCUUGUCGGUUCAUUGGCCGUCAACAAUUUCCGCACCGUUCAAAACUUGAGCGAGAGUGCUUGGUACUCGCGUCUUGGUAUUUUCUACAUUGUUGACACUCAUGUGGGUGACAAUGAAAACUACUAUACAAAUGUCUGUAAUGAGGUUGACCAGAAGUCUGCUGCUGGUUUCAAUAUCAGUAUGACUGACUACUGGGGACGUGCCCUUGCUCGCCGUGUCACUGGUAUGCUUCGUGGUGGCCCUAACACGACAUUCUCUUCUGUCCAAAAUGCUGCUUGGUUCAAAAACGCUAGCUUCCCAUACCCUGUCAUGGUUGCUGAAGGUCUCUCAUCGAACUUGCCCAAGUUUCACAACGGUACCCAAUACAACUCCAGUGUGUAUGAAAUCUCGCCCUAUUACUUCGGUACCUUUGACAACGGUGUGCGUGCCGUCAUGCCCACUUACUAUUUGGGCACUAACUUGACCAAUGGUUCUGCAACGAACGGUCAAUGUGUUACGUUGUAUGACAACCUCGGUUUCUUGAUGGGAACAACUUCCACUCGUUUUAACGAAGCUUUACUCGGUGUGAGUAUGAUGGAGUCUAGAAUGAGUCGUCGUCUUGGUCAUGCCUUGCGUCGUAUGCGUGUGAACGGUACUCACCUUUCUUACUACCCGAACUUUGUGAAGGAUUCUAGUGCAGCUGAGGACACCACUGGUGCUUCUACGAACCUUUCGUCCGCAACUUACUUGAACUUGUACGAUGGUGGCAGUGAUGGCCAAAACAUUCCUGUUUGGCCUUUAUUGCAACCUGAGCGUGGUGUCGAUGUCGUCUUUGCACUUGACUCCAGCAGUGAUACUUUGACUUACUGGCCUAACGGUACUGCACUUGUGAAGACUUAUGAGCGUAUUACCAAGCGUUCCAAUGUUUCUGCUGCAGGUGACUACAGCGUUAAGCAUUUCCCCUACAUCCCUUCUGUGAAUACCUUCAUCAACCUUGGUCUUAACAAUAAGCCAACUUUCUUUGGUUGUGAUGGUCGUAACACUACUCGUGGUAAUGUUUCUGUUGAUGCAAACACUCCUCCCGUUAUUGUAUACAUGCCCAACGCACCUUGGACCAUGAUGUCCAACACUGCUGAUGACCGUUACCGUUAUGGUCAAGGUAGUAUUCGUGAGCUGGUUGAGAACGGUCGUGGUGCUGCUUCUUUGGGUGGAUCUUCUGAGUUUGCUCAAUGUGUUGCCUGUGCCGUUAUUCAACGUUCUUUGGAGAGACGCAACAUGUCUGCUUCCGCUAAGUGUCAGCAAUGCUUCCAAGAGUACUGCUGGAAUGGUACUCUUGAUGAUCGUCUCUUGGCCAACACCAAGGCUAGAGUUGAUUACCAACCAUUUGUCCGUUCGGGUGCUUCUGCCACUACGAAAAUUACCCUCUCAACCCUCCUGCUUUCCCUUAUUUCCUAUUAUUUCGUUUUUUAAGCAUCCUCUGGUGAUUCAAGCAUAAUUCCGCCGCCUCCUUGAUAGGCGUGUUUUGUUUUCCCCUUCAUGGUUUUUGUCUUAUAGAAAUACGGGGCCUAAUGCUGCCGUGCACACCACACUGACUAGUGCUUAUUGUGUUGGAGGCGAGCUUUCAAUAAUGUCAUGAUGGACCCUUCGAGUCCUUGAAACCUUCCUUUACAGAUUCCGACAACGACGACAAUGAAGAUGGAGUAAUAUAUAUCCUGUACUUUUGUUUCAUGCUAAGAUAUCCACGUCGUGUACUUGAGUCAAUUGGUGUGCAAUGGAAGCAGCAGUUCUCUGACAUAUACCUGAGAGUUGAGUGGCUUUACCGCAGUAGUGAUAUUAAAUGCGAUGAUAUAAAAAAGAUUCAAUAAAUCAAAUAAGCAAAGAGCAAUAAAUAAAUGGAAGAACUACAAAAGAAGAUGCAGACAGGCGAACUGAGUUGGAAAUAAACAGGAAGCAAGCCCCGUAAACAACAUCAGUUGCUUUUGGUUCAGAUAACUAAAAAAAAACAGUUUGAAGCACUGUCAUACUUGGAGACAAAGAAUACAAUGACAAAUUGAACAAUUGUCCUUGAAGGACGCAGUAGAAGAUAUCAUAAAGUACUCCUAAACAUGUCCCGAAAUACUUGAACAUUUCGUUCACAUAGUAAUGGGUUGACCUUCCAAAGCGAGCUUCACAACGUUUUGGCCAGUAGGAAGAAGAGGGUAUGCGAGGAUGAUAUCAAAAAUAAGAGGAAGAAGGAAACGAAUUACCGUCAACACUGACUCAUCAGGGAAGAAGCCGUAAUGAAUAAUGCAGCAAAUGAGGGCGGGUGCGAACGAAUUGACAAGCACGAUAGCAAGUACCGUGCGAUACACUCGAGUUUUGUAUACGUCCUUGUCAGUGGAAACUUGCACGAGUCUCUUGUACAAGAAAAUGCCUGCGAGACCAUACACAAUACCAUCACUGUUCUCUCUGAGGAACCCAGAGAUGCCAAAGGCGAGAUUAUGUCCAAGCAUAUACACAUUAUUGCCAACAAUUUCGAGAACCAAGAACAAAAACACGGCAGCGCUGACACGGCAAAGAGUCUUGCUAGUGGACGGGCCAGUGAUUCCGAAUCCUCCGCCGAGACAAAAGAGUGUGAAUGGGUAAGCAAUCGUCCGGAUAUCUCUUGUUAUAACGUUCACCGUGGAAGGCCAGUCAGAGUUAAGGGGAUCUCCAAAGCUAGUGUUGUCCAGCAAGGUGGUAAACAGAAGCAAUACAUCCAAAGAAAGGACUGUGAACAUAGACCAGUGAACGGGGAGUAUAGAACGUCUUCUUUUCACACACAAGAACAGCCAGAUUCCAGUAAAGAGUGAGAAGAGAGCAGUAACAAAAG